ACAGAAUGGUUGGGUGGGCCAGGGGGCUGUGGGAUCGCGUUCCCUAAUCAGAGAGAGAGGUGUAAAGAAGACUUAAAUGACAGCUAGCAGUGAGUGAAGGGAGAUCCCAACCUACCAUACCCCACACUCAUCUUCCCUUUUUUAGCCCUUCUCUUCCUCAUUCAUACCCUCCAUUCCCCUCUUCCUCCUCCAUCUCAAACUCCCCUUCCCUUCUCCUCCACUCUCCUCCUACACACUUCUAAGGUACUUUCUUCCUCAGCUUCAGAUGGGUCUGAUUUGAUUUCUGGUUUCUGGGUUCUUUUUCUCCCUUGGAAUUCUUUCUGUUUGGGAGAUUUCUUUCAGAUUUUGGGAUUUUCUGCCUCUCUGCUCUGGUUCUGAUGUGUUUUUUGGGGCAAAAGAUUCAUUCUUUGACCUCGCAUUUCGUUUUUCUGGUUUUUCAUGUCGAUUUGCAGCUGCAAAGGCUGUUUCUUUUUCGUUUUAUCUCAUUUCUCUAGCCUUCAAAUUUAAAAUUAAGCUACUUGUUCUGUUUCUUGAAAAGAGGAUUUCAGAACAUGUUUCGGACAAAAAAAACCAGUUUCUUGGUUGAAAUGGGAAAUUUAGGGAAUUAGAGCUCCUGAACCGUAAUUAUUCCACUACUUGGGAGCAAAAUUCGAAAUUCCCUUUAUCCGGAAAAUUAUGGGUGUGCACCCCAAUUUUUCUUUUAAAGCUGAGUUUGCACCUCAUUUUACAAAUUAUUAAUAUUUACACCCUUAUCAGUAUUAUUAAUUACAAAUAUCUGUCCAAGGACUUUCGUAACGGCACGCUGCAGAUAUUUAUUAAUUGAGAUAUGGGGUGUAAAAUUAAAUUUGAAUAAAAGUGGGUGCAAACCAAAAUUUAACCUUCUCCCCUCUGCUCAGCCACACUUCAUUUGCUAAGGAAUUUCUUUCUAAUAAUUGUUUUUGUGGAAGUAUACAUAUAAUUAUAUAUAUAUAUAUAGUGAGAGAGAAAGCUCAUGGUCAAUUCCGUUUUUGCUGAUAGGAUUCCAUUCAAAUCCAAUUUCAUAUUUAAUUACCGUUUAAUCAAUUCAAUUAUUAAUUGUUUUUUUGCUGAUUAAUAUAACUCCGUAACUUUUAUAUUUCAAAAAAUUGUCAGAUUUUAAAAUUUGUGGGAAGACAAAGACUCUGAGCUAUCUUCUCCGCUUUUAAAAUUCAAGUAAUUGUAAAGAAUAAUUGGUCAUUCACAUUAGAUUAAGCUUAAAUUUUCGAGUGAAAUAAAAGUUAAAAUUAAAACUUUGAAGGAAAGAAUUUAAUAUCACGGAGGAGAAUUGAAUAUUUUCCCAUUUACAGACGAAGUAAAUCCGUUUCGGUUAAGAGUUUUUGGGGUUGGGAUUUUUUCAAAAUACAGAGUACUUACUUUUCUUUCCCUUCGGUUAAAACUGAUUGUUUUCAUUUAUGGCAGGUGAGAAGUUUUUGUAGGUAAAAUGAAUUCGAAUUACGUUGAUGAAAUGGACUGCAGCAGCUUCUUUGAUCACAUUGAUGACUUGAUCGACUUUCCGCCGGAGAACGAGUGCGCCGGUUUGGGCUCCGGCGAGGGAGUUAAUUUUCCGAGCAUGUGGAAAGAGCCGUUGCCGGAGUCUGACCCUAUUUUCUCCGGCACCGCCGCCGGUUCUGCUUCUGCUCUCUCCGCUGAGCUUUCUGUACCGUACGAGGAUAUCAUACAGCUCGAAUGGCUUUCAACAUUCGUGGAGGAGUCGUUUUCGGGUGGAGGACUCACCCUUGGCAAGGAGAACUGUCGCCUGAACCCUUAUCUCCCUCCAUCGUCUCAUGGUAAUAACAAAUUGCAGGCUGCCAUCUCUAGUCCGAUUUCGGUCCUUGAGAGCAGCAGCAGCACCAGUAGCAGCAGCUCCUCCUCCUCUAGCUCGGGAGGUAUUAUGGUAGCACCCCUGAGCCCGAACCAGCGUGGCCCGCAGCGUGCACGCAGUAAACGCCCCCGGCCUGUGUCAUUUAACCCUCGGUCCGUGAUGCAACUGAUCGAGUCCCCACCGCAACUCCAAAGUUUUGCAGGCCCAGAAGAGAAGAAGCUCCACUCUAAGCCUCCCGCACCUGAGCAGCAGAAGAAGAAAAGGAAGAUUAAAUUCUCCAUGCCAUCAGGAUUGCCACCUCAGCAGAAGGAGGAUCGUGAGGCGGGGGUGAGAAAAUGUAUGCAUUGUGAGAUAACUAAGACGCCCCAGUGGCGGGCGGGUCCCAUGGGACCGAAGACGCUAUGCAAUGCUUGUGGGGUCCGCUACAAGUCGGGGAGACUCUUUCCGGAGUACAGGCCUGCUGCUAGUCCUACGUUCGUUCCAUCGGUGCAUUCUAAUUCUCACAAGAAGGUAGUCGAGAUGAGGAACCGGUCAGUACCUGCUGUUGUGAUCACUCCAACCAUUGCCCAGCCCGAGGUCAAAUGAAAAUCCGGAGGAAAAGAAGCAGAGAACAGUUUUCCUAGGCAGGAAAUUUUCCUAGCUGCAGUUGAAAUUGUUGUUAUUUGGUGUUUAAGGUUGUCCCAUAUUUCAUUGGUUCAUUGUACAGAACUGUUUGAGGGUAGAAAAACAUUACUAGCUUUUAUUAUCAUAUAUUAGCGAAAAUCGAAAAGGGAAGGAUUUAGGGGAUAGGAAACAGUUUUUUUUUUAAAUCUAGUGUUUGUUUAGGUCUUCGAAGGUUUGAGAGUAAUAGGUUGUGUCUUUGUCAGUCUCAAUUCUUUUUUUAGACUAUGCUCAUCUUUUAUAUUCUUUUUCCUCUUUUGGUUUGAUUUUCAUGUGUAGAAUAUGUUCUUUUUUUGUACCAAUGAUACCGGGAAUUAUUUUUUUGGAGUUAUGAAUCUGUUAUUAGGAAAAUCUUAAAUUAUUUAUGGGCCAAAUUUGAAAUCAAGUCUCAUUUGUGAUUUGCAGACUGUA